AGGAGCCGCUCGUGGUGCUGCGCCGCUGCCCCUCGAACUACACCUCGAGCGACAGCACCGCGUCGGCGGCCGACACGCUCCGCACGGACGGCCUCGCGGCGGCGCCAAAGGGGGAUGCCGCGGGCAUGGAGCUGUGCUGCGCUGCGGCCGCGGGCCGGGCCGACAUGAUCCGCCGCCUGAUCGCCGACGGCGCCAACGUCAACGCCAAGGACUACGACGGCCGCGGCGCUCUGCACAUCGCCGCCGCGUACGGGCACCAGGACAUCGUGCAGGAGCUGCUGGACCUCAAUGCCGACGUGAGGCACAGGGACAACUUCGGUAAUACCCCGCUGUCGUCCGCUGUGAGCCAGCAGCAGGAAGAGGUGGCGACCAUGCUGUUGAAGGCCUUGCAGGAGGGCCGCGGCGAUCCCGGCGACAAGGGGCGCCCCGUCAAAGCCGAGGGCAUGCACGCUGGCACCCUUCCCCUGCCUGGGCAGAUCGAGGGAAUGUUUGCGCGGCAGACCAGCGGCUGCACCGUGAACUGGAUGAUACAGGAGAACGAGGUCAAGUUCGGCCCUGUGAUCAGCAAGACUCUGAAGAGCGCCAUCCACACGGCGGAGUGGAGGGGCAUCAAGGUGGUGGCGAAGACCUUGCUGACGCGGAAGAGCUGGCACGAGAGCGCGGAGCAGGCCGACGAGGAGGACAUCACCAAGGAGGUGCUGCGCGAAAUCGGCAUCCUCUCGACGAUGCGACACCCCGACCUCGUGAUGUUCCUCGGGGCCUGCAUCUACAGCACGCGGCCCUUCCUGAUCUCCGAGUACAUGGAGGGCGGGGACCUCGAGCGCCACUUCUGCACGAAGUCCGCCCAGCGGGGCUGCCCCUGGAGGCCGGACAUGCGCCUCUUCCUCCGGUGGUCGAGCGCGGUGGCGAGGGCCCUGUGCUUCCUCCACAACUGCUCCUCCCCGAUCAUCCACAGG